AGAACCGAUGUAGGAUGUGAGACUACAGUAUCUUUAGGAAUGCGAAUAGGCUCUCUUUCACUCCUUUUUUUUAAUCUCUCUCCAUCAGUUUCAGAAAACCCUAAAUUCCUCCCGCAACCCUAAAUUCCUUGCUCUAUGUCUCUCUUCACGCCUCCAUCGUUGUGGAGACCCCCACAGAGGUGUCAGUGAAGGUCAAUAAGUACACUCGUUCUAGUGCACCAACACUUUCACCCUCACUCCUCAUUUUCGAGCGAGGAUUUGUAGAAGUUGCAACUGAUAUCGGGUGUGAAAGAUUUUCGAGCGAGCAACAAGGGCUUAUUAUUAAGUGGAAAAAAAGAGGUUCAAUUAGCCUCAUCGCGCGCUGUUGGAAGCCAUUUGGGCACGGUGACGACGCCGAUAAUGCUACCAUUGUCGGAAGAGAAUGCAAGGACGACCUCCUCUGGUACUACGACAUCGAAAAGUUCGCCGCCAACUAUUUCUCCAUGGUCGUCGUCUAGGCAAAUUAGGUCCUCGAGGACCAGAGCCAGAUCGAGUCCGACGGCUUCGGCAACUUUGUCGACGUGUACGACGGCCAGGGGAUGGUGGACCCGAAGCAGGUUCCGUUGGACCACGUUCUCUUCCAACCCAACAAGGGGAUGGUGGACCCCUCCAGUAACCUCCACUAUGAUAACAUGCUUUUCACGCAGAUCGAUGCGGUGUAUUCCGCGUUGGACUCCUUGGCCUACAGGAAGUUGCCAGUUCACAUUUCAGAAACCAGUUCGCCUUCCAAAGGGGAUCUGGACGAAACCAGUGUGAACCUCGAGAACGCCAAGAACUAUAACGGGAAUCUUAUUAAGAUCUCUCUCUCUCUCCCCCCUUUCAGGCAUUACUUGGUUGUUCCUGUGGUGCACAUUCCUACUGUUAAAUAUCUUCAGAGGAAAACUGACGACUAUUAUUUGGGUUCUUUGUACGUAGUCAUGGAUUCAAAUGCUGCAACCAUGGAUGGUACAAUAAAACAACUCAAGUAUGGAGCAAUAAACAUAAUAAGCCAAAUACAUGACAGCAUUCUUGGUCACAUCUUGUCUUUCCUUCCAACUAUGGAGGCAGUCCAAACUAGUGUGUUAUCAACGAGGUGGAUCAAUGUUUGGACAUCCAUCACCAAUCUAAAAUUGAAUGAUCGUGUACUAAAGAAGAUGCAAAAGAAACAAUAUGAGCAUUUGGUGAACACAAUGCUUCUUCACCUUGCCAAUUUAAGCAUCCAAAGUUUCUCUCUUUGUUUAACAUGUUUUCAUUAUGAGUCAUCCCAAGUCAGUGCAUGGAUCUCCUCUAUAUUGGAAAUGGGAGUCCAAAGGCUUGAAAUUCAGUAUGAAAGUAAUUUUUCCUUCACAUUCCCUCUUUAGUUGCAACUUUCUAGUACAGUUGGUGCUUCAAAUGAGAUGCAAUCUUAGUGUUCCAAUCUUUGCAUGUCUCAUAAACCUUCAAAAUUGUUAUGAAUAAAGAAGAUGAAUUUGUUGUGAAAACAAAAAAAAAAUGGACAAAAUGGAGAUGUGUUAUUUUAUUAUCAGAAAAUCAGAGCUGAUAUACAUAUGAUAACAUGCAUUCUGUUAUUAACAAAAUAACAGAAAAAAUAACUAUCUAAGACUGUCAACUAGUCCCCCUAACUAACCAACUAAUAUUAGACCACAUACAACAAUCUUCACCUUGGUCUAAUGCUUAGUUAGAAUCAGUAAUAUUCAUAUUCAACAACCAUAAACAAUAGUUGAACUUCUCAUAGGGUAAAGUCUUUGUGAGCAUGCCUGCAACAUUCUCAUUUGUAGAUAUCUUGUCAAUAUCAACUGCUUCACUCUUGAUCAUAUCUCGGAUGAAGUAAUACUUGACAUCCACAUGCUUUAUUCUGUCAUGAUACACUUGGUUUUUGCUUAAACUCACUGCACUUUGAUUGUUACAGUGAAUUAUAGUGGUUUUCAGCUCUUUCAUUUGGAGUAGUUCUGAAACUAAGCCUCUUAACCACAUUACUUCCUUUACAACUUCACUAGCUGCUAUGUCUUCAGCUUCAGUAGUGGAUAAGGCCACUACUGACUGCAAAUUAGCCCUCCAACUAAGUUUCCAAACACCUUGAAAGCAUAGCCAAUAGUGGACUUCCUUGUAUCAAUGCUCCCAGCAAAAUCAAAAUCCACAAACCUUUCAGUAAUAGGAACUUCACCUCGAUUAGCGUACUUCAGUCCAACAUCAAUGGUCCCAAAUAUGUACCUCAAAACCCAUUUAGCAGCCUCCUAAUGCCUCUUGCCUAGAUUUGCCAUAAAUCUACUUACCACACUCAUAGAGUAUGAUAGAUCUGGCCUACAACACACCAUGGAGUACAUGAUACUUCCAACAGUACUAGCAUAUGUCAUUUUUUGCAAUUAGGUUAUAUCUUCACCAGACUUUGGUUCUUGUUCCUUAGAUAGCUUAAAGUGUUGUGCUAGGGGAGUGGUAACUGACUUUGCUCCCUUUAAAUUGAAUCUUUCCAAUACCUUUUUAAGAUAAUCCACCUAAGAUAGGUACAACACUUUUUCCUUCCUGUUUGUGGUUAUUUCUAUAUCAACGAUCUUCUUAGCAUGUCCAAGAUCUUUCAUCUCAAACUCUAGAUCCAACAAUUUCUUAACUCUAGCGAUUUCAGUCAUGCUUUGGCUAGCCAAUAACAUAUCAUCAACAUAGAGCAACAAUUAAAUUGGUUUCUUAUUCUUAUGACAUUUUCAGUACACACAAUAGUCAUAAGCACUCCUAGAGAAUCCAAUUUUAAUCAUAUAACCAUAAAAGUGCCUAUACCACAUCCUAGGAGACUGCUUAAGACCAUAUAAGGACCGAUUGAGCAAACAUUCCUUUAAUUCAUCACCCUUUUUGACAAAACCAAUGGGCAGCUUCAUAUAAAUGGUCUCACCCAACUUCCCAUGCAAAAAGGUUGUUUUGAAAUUCAUCUGCUUAAGUUCCAAAUCAAAAUGAGCUACCAUAGCAAGAAGAACUCUUAUUGAACUAUGCUUUACCAAAGGUGAGAAGAUUUCUACAAAAUCUGCUCCUUCCUUUUGAGUAAACUCAUUGGCUACUAGCCUAGCUUUGAACCUUGCAUUUUUAACUCCUUCAACACCUUCUUUCUUCUUGAAUAGCCAUCUGCAUCCAAUAAUUGACUAUCCUUUAGGACAAUCCACAAGUGUCCAGGUUUGAUUCUUUUCUAGAAAAGCCAUUUCUUCUUCCAUAGCUUCAAUCCAUUUUGAAUUUUCCAUACUACUUAUGGCCUCGUCAUAGGACAGAGGUUCUUCCUACUCUUCAAUCUCCUUUCCAACUAUUAAAGCAUAGGAGAUCAGAUAUGCAUGGCCAUAUCUUUUAGGAGGUUUGAAUGUCCUUCCUUCCUGUCUCUAUCCAAACAAUAAUCCUAAGUUAUUUCUUCAUUUGCUUGUCCAGAUGCAAGAAUAAACUUGUAUCUUGCCACAACUGAUUCCUCAUGAGUCUGAGUAGUCACACUCUCUUCAGACUUCACCUGAACCUGUGAACUCUGACUUCCAACAGACUUGAAUGACAUAAUUAAAUUUGACAUUUGUAGUUCAUUAAACACUAUAUCUAUGCUAAUGGUGCACUUAUUGUGUUUAGGUUUUAAACACCAUAGCUUGUAUCCCUUCACUCCUUGCGGAUAGCCUAUGAAGAUACACUUCAAGGCCCUUGGUUCCAACUUAUCCUACUUUAGAUGAGCAUUAGCUAUACAACCAAAUGUCUUCAGUUCAUUAUAAUCAGCUUUCAUGCCACUCCAAACUUCUUGUGGGGUUUUAAAGCCUAUGGGAGUUGACGGACUUCUAUUUAUGCAGUAGACAACAAUGCUUACAACCUCUGCUCAGAAGGACUUUGGCAGACCAACAUGAUUCAACAUACACCUAACUAUUUCAAGUAUGGUUUUGUUGAACCUCUCCACCAAGCCAUUUUGUUGUGGUGUCCCUCUCACAGUUAAGUGCCUAGCAAUACCAUUCUAUUUGCAUAAGGUUUUGAACCUUUAAUCAUAGAAUUCAAGUCCAUUAUAUGUCCUUAGUUUCUUCACCUUUCUUCUUGUUUGAGUUUCAACUAAAAUUUUCCAUUCUUCAAACACCUUGACAGCUUCAUUCUUGUGUUUUAGAAAGUAAACCCAAACCUUUUUGGAGAAGUCAUCUACUAAGGAUGGAAAAUACCUUGCUCCUCCAUGUGACUCAGUUCUUAAUGGUCCCCAAAGAUUUGCAUGCAUAUAAUCAAGAGCUGCAUUUCUGAAAUGAGUGCUUGUGGGAAAUUUUUGCCUCUUUGCCUUGCUUAGCACACAAUGCUCACAAAGCUUCAGUGGCUCAAAUCUGCCUUGCCCAAAACCAUCUUGUUUUGCUAACUCAUCCAGCCAUUCUGACUGAUAUGUGUCAAUCUGUAGUGCCAUAACUUUGUGUUAUCAUCAGUUACAACAUUUGCAGAAUAAAAAACAAUUGUCUGUCCAACCAAGGAAUACAAUCCAUUAUACCUUACUCCUCUUAUGAUCAAAUUCUUCCCCUUAUAGAUUUCAACGCUACCAUGAUCACACUUGUAGCGACAACCUUCCUUGUCCAAUGUGCCUAAGGAGAUCAGAUUUCUAUUCAAUUCUAGAACAUGUCUCACUUCUUCCAGCACUCUCUCUAUUACAUUGUGCAUCCUAACGAGAACCAUGGUUUUCUUCCUUCUUUCCCUUAGGAUCUCAACUCAGCUUCGAUACCACUUGUUGUGAAUGAAGAAGAUGAAUUUGUUGUGAAAACAAAAAAUUGGGAACAAAAUGGAGCUGUGUUAUUUUAUUAUUAGAAAAAGAGAACUUAUAUACAUGUGAUAGCAUGCCUUUUGUUAUUAACAGAAUAAUAGAAAAAAAUAACUACCUAAGGCUGCCAACUAACCCCCCACUAACCAACUAAUAUUAGACCAUAUACAACAAAAACCUAAGCCUUUCCGAGAUCAAGUUAAUGAGUGAUCAUGAAUCAUCCACUUAUUCAAAAGAUCUAGUUCUUAGCUUCCCACUUCUCAAAGUGUUUGAAGCUAAAGGAUGUGAGUGGUCAACUAAGCAGAAUCUUUGCAUACAAGCACCUCUACUUGAAAGGUUUUCCAUAGCAAUCUAGAAUUCCCUAUCAAAUGAAUCAUGCAAAUCUUCCAUCAAGAUUUUCUCCUCCCAUCUAAUAGAUUUCUCUUAUGAGGGUGAUCUUGAACAGGAAAUCAUUCUAUUAAAUCCAUCAUCAAUUCGCAGUGCUUCUGUAACAUCCCAUUUUUUUCAUAAAUAAAUUUAAAAAGUUUUUUAGUAAAAAUAAUAAAAUUAAAUAAAUAGAGUAAAUAAUAGGUCG